AUGGACGACGCCAACGCCCAGACAUACGACAUCAUCGAGCGAGACACGGUGCCCGCCCCCGCACCACAGCCCGGCGACUCCCCCCAGCAACGCAUCGCCCGACUCCUCAAAUGGCUACAGCCCACCGACUACCUCUCACCAGGCAACGAGUUCAUGAAGCACCUACGCUCCUACGUCCCCGGCACCGGCAGAUGGAUCCACGAGACGACCGCGUUUCGCGCCUGGGCCGGCCUCGACAACACCACCACCCCAACCCCAACCCCCAACCCCAUCCUCCACAUCCGCGGCGUCGCCGGCAGCGGCAAAUCCGUCUUCUCCGCCGCCACCAUCCGCACCCUCCAAGCUAACCCCACCCCCGAUGACGGUGAUAGCGACGGCCCCAUCGUCCUCUUCUUCUUCUUCCGCCAAAUCGUCGACAAGAACCACACCGCGCGCUACCUCAUCCGCGAUUUUGCCGCGCAGCUGCUGCCGCACAGCCCCGCGCUGGUGGACGCGCUGACGGCCGUGUCGCGGGAGCAUGCGGUGCGGGGGAAUGAGAUGGGGAUGGUGUGGCCCGCGGUGGUGGAGGCGUUGGGGGGGAUGAAGGGAGAGAGGGUGUUUUGUGUGGUGGAUGCGUUGGAUGAGAUGGAUGAUGCGGAGUUGGAGGGGGUGGUGGAGAGGUUGGUGGCGUUGGGGAGGAUGGAGGACGUGGAAGGGGGAGGGGGUGCGGUUAGGGUUAUGGUGACGAGUCGGCCGCUGCCGCAUAUUGAGCGGGCGCUAGGUCAUUAUUCGGGAGUUGUGCGCUUGCGGCUGGAUCCGGCGUUGCUGUCGCCGGAUGUGGCGCGGUAUGUGGACUCGAGGAUGACUACGCUGGAUCCCCCGCUGAGUGACGACAAGAACGAGCUGGUCAGGCAGUCGAUUUGUGAGCGGGCGAACGGGCUGUUUCUGCAGGCGCGUUUGUUGGCCGACAACUUGGCUGAAGGGCUGCGAGAUGGGCGCAUCACCGAAGAGGACCUGCCGGAUAACCUGGACCGCCUCCCGCGUACCCUCCGCGCGGUGUACGAGGACAUGCUGAAGGAGCAUGCCCGCCGGAGCGGGGUGACGGCCGAGCAACAGGCCAAGAUUCUCAUGUGCGUCACACACGCGAGCCGACCGGUCCGGCUCAUCGAGCUCGGCUCGUUGCUCUCUCGCAUGCUACACGUGGAUCUCCGACGUGGCAAGGACCUGGUGCGCGCAGGCUGCGGGAGGCUGCUGGAGUUGCUGGAAGACGAGACCGUGAGCGUCAUCCACCAUUCGUUCACUGAGUUUCUGCACGAUACGAGCCGGAGGGACGAUGGGGACGCAUUCCCCGUGCUGGAAGCCGAGGCGUCACAUGCCGUGCUUGCGGUCCUGUUGCUAGAAUAUCUCGAUGGGUGUCCCCCGCUCGACACCACCAUAGCCGAUAGAAGCGCUGCCGACUGUCGCCCUCCCGACUUGCAUAAAGAACACGAACGCAGGGUGAAGAUACUUACCGAUACGCUACUCAACCAACCUCUCGCGUCGUAUGCUACCAACAACCUCUUCUUCCACAUCAGCAAGGUAUCAUGUAGGACGUCGGCAAACCAGCUGUUAGCAGCUCUGGGUCGUUAUUUGGCCCCUGAUAGACCUGCUUUUCAGACUUUAGCUUACCUGAGGCGGCGCCGCUCGGUCUCAUCCUCAUUCAAUGCCCUCCAUUUACUCACGUCCGCGAGAAAUGGCACGUCGAUCCCGACGUAUGUGGUGGACUAUUUUGUCGAGAAGGAACCCGCACUCCUAGACAGCCGUGACGGGGACGGUCUCACGCCUCUGGCCUGUGCUUCUAUGGCUGGCCACGCUGGCCUUGUCGAAAUUCUGCUUGCCAAAGGUGCUGAUCCGACAUCUGGGGCCAACGACGGCAUGACGCCUCUGCACCUGGCUGCUAGACACGGGCAGGCACCAGUCGUUCAUCUCCUGCUGGGUGCUGGCGUCGAUCCUCUCAUUAAGACGUGCCCAGGCUCGCGCCCAUGGAAUGAUGAUCCUGCCUAUAUGGGCAUCACCGAGGAAGAAGCGGAGAAGGAAAAGGGAAAAGCACUUUUCCUCGCUUUUAGCGGUGGUGAUCCUGCGGUGAUCAAGGCGUUUAUACCCUUUAUACCACCGGGCGACAUUAACCUAUACUUACACCUAGCCGACACGGUAGACAACGUCAACGCAAUUCUUGACACGAGCCAGGCAGAUGUUAACUGUUACAUAUCCGGGUUGACAAAGCUGUACCGCGCGGCACAGGCCAAGAAUCCGGAUUUGGUCAAGCUCCUCCUCCAGCACGGCGCUGAUCCAAACCAGCGACGCCAAACUGACACAUACGGGGAUGACGACAUCGAGCAUCGCGAGCGAGGGCCGACCCCGCUACACGGACUUGCCGGCGCCGAUGGUAUCAUGCGGAUAGUGCGGGACAGUGACAAGAAGCUGGUGGCCGAAUGCAUUCGACUGCUCGUGGAAGCCGGCGCGGAUGUGAACGCUACCAUGGACGCAGGGAGAUAUCGUGGCAAAGACCUGACGCCUUUGCACUUGGCUGUGCAAAGAAAUGAUGAUGAUUUUAUGGCGUUUAGCUUGGGCCAUCCCGAAGACUCCCUAAGCAAGGUAUUCCUCUCAGCAGGCGCAAACCUCCACGCGAAGACGAAGGACGGCAAUACGCCACUUCACCUCAUCAAGCCAGAAAGCCACCGGUUGCUCCAGACGCUAGUUGACCACGGAGCCGACAUAAACGCGCUGAACGCAUGGGGAAGAACGCCGCUACUUGAGAUUAUUAAUCAGCUGUGGUUUUUUCCUUGGGACUGUGGACAUUUGGCGAACAUCAAGGUCCUCCACGGGCUCUUAAAGCUGGGAUCGGACGUGCAUCUUGCUGACAAGAAUGGGGACACCAUAUUUCACCACAUCUUCCGCAAAAUGCCGGCUUUCAAACCUUCGAAGCUCAUGCCCUUCAUCCAGGCAUUGCUCCUUGCGGGCGCGGAUCCGAACAAAAGGAACAAGAAGGGCAACCCGCCGCUGUGGAAGUACGACCCCAGCAACAACAAAGAUGAAGAUGUGCUUCGAAAGUUGGUGGAUUCAGGCUUGGACCUAAAUGCGUGCGAUGAGAAGGGGCGCACCGUUUUAUGGGAACUCUUGAGUCAAGACCACUAUCACCAACCUGAGACUAUCCAGAAGUUUGUCCGCCUGGGCGCCAAUAUGAGGACGCUCACCCACGAUGGCAAGACGCUGUUGUAUGCGAUGGUGGGCGCGAGGAGGAACCGAGUGGACGAGUUCCGCUAUCUGAGCUCGGUAGGGGCGAGCGCAGGUACGGUAGACAAGGAUGGGAACACGAUAAUUCACGCGGUACUCUCCGAGAAUGAGCCGAGAGAGCUUAUCCGCGAGGAGCUCCAAGUCCUGCUACAAGCCGGGGCCCCGCCGCUGGCCAGGAAUGCAAGAGGCCAGUCAGCGCUGCACGUAGCUGGCGACGUGGACAUGCUCGAGGCCGCGCUCGCCACUCCGGAAUUUGGCGGCCUAGACGUUAACGAGCCUGACAUCGACGGUCUCACCCCAUUACACUAUGCCGUGGCGCUUGGGGAAAGCGCGGUUUGGAAACUUAUCAAGGCCGGAGCUGACCCGACCGUGCUUACCGCCGGUGGCCUCUCGCCGCUGCAUGUGGCCGCCCGCGAUGGAAGGGCUGGUGUUCUGGUCCUCCUGCUUGCCCAGUAUCGUGAGCUGAACGUGCUCGAAAAGCGCGUCAACUUACUCGGAGAUGGUAGGGCGCCGAUACACCACGCGUGCCAGGCCGGAAGACCGGAAGCUGUCUGGUAUUUAUUGAUCAAUGGGGCAGACGCUGGAGCUAAGGAUCAGAAAGGGCUGACUCCGCUACAUACCCUGGCUAAGAUUAAGGGUCUCCUUGGAGCGCGCGGGCAACAUCGUUGGGAUGCUGCAACUCGCUGGGGCAGAUCUCAACGCCGAGGCCGUAGUCCACCGGGGAAAACGAAAACAAGGCCGAGAAUGCUGACGGGCCUUGGAUAUGGCAGUGGAGAGGAAAUGCUGGGAACUGGUCCGCCGGCUGAUCGCGCAUAG